AUGUUCAAGUUCACAGGAAACCAAGAGUUCACUUUCGAUGUCGACGUGUCAAAUCUGCCAUGCGGCUUCAAUGGCGCCUUGUAUUUCGUUUCCAUGGAUGCAGAUGGCGGCCUAAAGAAGUACUCGACCAACAAGGCUGGUGCUAAGUACGGAACUGGGUAUUGCGACGCCCAGUGUCCACGAGAUCUGAAAUUUAUCAACGGUGAGGGAAAUGUCGAAGGUUGGAAGCCAUCUUCCAACGAUGCAAAUGCAGGCGUUGGCGGCCAUGGUUCGUGCUGCGCAGAGAUGGAUAUCUGGGAAGCGAAUUCUAUCAGCACAGCGGUUACCCCACAUUCCUGUUCCACGAUUGAGCAGUCUCGUUGCGACGGUGACGGCUGUGGUGGUACCUACUCUGCCGACCGUUAUGCGGGGGUUUGCGAUCCCGACGGCUGCGACUUUAACAGCUAUCGCAUGGGUGUUAAAGAUUUCUAUGGCAAGGGCAAGACUGUGGACACGUCAAAGAAAUUCACCGUGGUCACACAAUUCAUCGGCACUGGCGACGCCAUGGAGAUCAAGCGCUUUUAUGUCCAAGGUGGCAAGACUAUUGCGCAGCCUGCAUCUACAAUCCCUGGCGUGAGCGGCAACUCCAUUACAACUAAGUUCUGCGAUCAGCAGAAAGCCGUAUUCGGGGACACAUACACAUUCAAAGACAAAGGCGGUAUGGCGAAUAUGGCAAAGGCUCUUGCAAAUGGCAUGGUCCUUGUCAUGAGUCUGUGGGAUGACCAUUACAGCAACAUGCUUUGGCUUGACUCGACGUAUCCUACAGACAAGAAUCCAGACACCGAUCUAGGUACUGGCAGAGGAGAAUGCGAGACUACUAGCGGCGUACCGGUAGACGUUGAAAGUCAGCAUGCUGAUGCCACGGUCACCUAUAGCAACAUCAAGUUUGGGCCGCUGAACUCGACUUUCGGUUAA